UGACGAAAAGUCCGAAUGUGCUGCUUACGUCGCUGAUCGGUGCAAGCGCGGACUCCCUUUUCCGGUCAACCAUCACAGCCCGCUCGCUCCUCGCCGCAGCGGCCUCACAUUUCAUUCCACUGGCGACCCCAAACUUUCCACUCAUUCUUUGUCUGUAACUAUACGUAACAUGGCGCCCGUCGAAACGGAGUACUACGACUUCCUUGGGGUCGCUCCCGAUGCAAGUGACAGCGACCUGAAGAAGGCGUAUCGGAAGCAGGCGAUCAAGUAUCACCCAGACAAGAACCCGUCCCCAGAUGCAGAGGAGAAGUUCAAGGACAUCAGCAAAGCAUACCAAGUGCUCUCGGAUUCCAACCUACGAGCGUCGUAUGACAAGCUUGGGUCCAAGAUGUUCGACAAGGAGGGUCCCGUCGGCAUGGACGACGCGGCAGGCUUCUUUGCCAAUGUCUUCGGCGGUGAUCGAUUCAACGACUACAUUGGCGAGAUCUCUCUCAUGAAGGAAAUGACUUCCGUCGCAUCCGCGAUGAUGACCGAAGAAGAGAAGGCCGAGCUCGAGCGCGACAUGAACGGCGGUGCUACGCCGCCCGCCCCGACCCCGAGCGUCGCCGGCGCGCCCGCAGCGACGGAGCCCGAGCCCACGUCAUCGCCGAAGCCCACGCCUGAGCCGACUGCUGCGCCAGCACCCGCGCAGCCGCAACCGCAAGCACCCAGCCAGCCCCAUCUCAGCCCCACCGCGAAUGGUGCCCCCUCACCCUCGCCUGCGCCCUCCGCUUCGUCCGCCCCGCCUGCGGGCGCGUCCUCUUCGACCUCGCUCGCCUCGCCGGCCUUAGGCACCGUGCGCACGCCGUCCGAGAAAGAGAAGGACAGGGACACGCACGCGAAAAAGCGGCAGAAGAUGUCGCCGGAGCAGAAGAAGAAGCUGCAGGAGCUCGACGACGAGCGGCGGAAGAACAUGGAGGAGCGUGUGCGCGUGCUGACGGACAAGCUGAAGGAUCGCCUGCGCCCGUUCGUAGAGGCGAAGAAGCCGGGCGACAAGGACGACUCCGAGACGCAGGCGUUCGAGGUGAGGAUGCGGAGGGAGGCGGAGGAUCUGAAGCUAGAGAGUUUCGGGGUGGAGCUCCUACAUACGAUCGGCAACGUUUACAUCAUGAAGGCGACGUCAUUCCUCAAGUCGAAGAAGUUCCUUGGGAUCCCCGGAUUCUUCUCGCGGCUAAAGGAAAAGGGCGCCAUGGCCAAGGAUGCAUGGGGAGUGAUUGGGAGCGCCAUCGGCGUGCAACAGGUCAUGCAGGAGAUGGAAAAGCUCCAAGCGAAGGGCGAGAUUCCUGAGGACGAGCUCCGCGCACUCGAGGAAGACGUAACCGGCAAGAUCAUGCUGGCCUCAUGGCGGGGGACGCGGUUCGAGGUUGUCCAGGUGCUGCGCGAGGUCGUCGACAACCUUCUGAAGGACCCGGAAGCCUCUGAUCAAGUGCUCUACAACCGAGCUCGGGGUCUCCUGCUCAUUGGCGCGAUCUUCAAGUCAGCACAGCCGGAUGAGUCGGAUGCGGAGCGGCGCGAGCUCGAGCGGAUGGUCGCGGAGGCUGCGGCCGGCAAGUCGAAGCACCAACAUCUGCGACAAGCGCGGGCGAAGCAGCGACAGCAGCCGCAGACCCACUCACAUCCGCACGUCCACGAGUCACCGACCACGCCGUCCACUGCGGCGAAGGACGAGAAGAAGGGACAUGCGUCGCAUCAGUCGACCGCUGUUUGAGGCGAAGGGCUUUACGCUGUUCAUAUUUUUGGUUUAGUUGGUUGACCGCGCGGUAAUGAGAGGACGCGGGUGCGGGCAGAUUUGCGGUGGGUGACGCUAACACAGGGCCAUACUCUACAUGGUGGUGUAUAUGCUUUGCAGGGACAUGCUUGUCGGUAACCGUAAUGAUCUCUCUAGUGCUGAUGCUUCCUUAUGGAUAGAUUGUCUUGCUAUACGCUUUCGCGAUACUGGUGGAUGUCCACUAGACUGACAAUGAUACCCCUAUCACUCCAAUCGUGUCCUUUGAUACUCGAGUAUCGAUCUUGACCGGUUUGCCGUAUUUCAACAAAGUGACAUCGCGG